AUGGCUGAGCCUGUCUCUGAGAUGUCCUCUGAGGAAAGCCUGGGCACGAAGGAGCCCACGGAAGCCGACCCGAAGAGCCUGAAGCAGAAGCAGCCAAGGCGCCGCCGCCGCCGCUGCUCCGACAGUUUCGCCGUCUAUUUCCCCAGGGUUCUGAAGCGGGUUCACGAGGGCCUGAGCCUUUCUCGGGAGACCGUGAGCGUCAUGGAUUCGUUCGUGAAGGACAUCUUCGAGCGCAUCGCCGACGAGGCCGCGCGCCUGGUCCGCUCCACCAAGCGCUCCACCAUGUCCUCCAGAGAGAUCCAGACCGCCGUGCGCCUGCUGCUGCCGGGGGAGAUUGGCAAGCACGCGGUGUCUGAGGCCACCAAGGCCGUCAUUAGGUACACCAGCCGCCGAUGAGCUGCCUCAGGACCGCCUGAGCAUCGCAACCCAAAGGCUCUUUUCAGAGCCACCUCACUUGGCGGGA